AUGGCACAAUAUGAUUUCUUCAAGCUGGUUGCCCAGUGGCCUCCGAAUGCUUGUCGUACUCGUACAAUCAAUUGCAUUGCAUCGAGAAAACCACAAAAUUUUACUUUGCACGGUAUAUGGCCGAGCAAUACCACUGGCAAAGAACCAAGGAAUUGCUUUAACACUAAUCACCUUACUCGCAUUCACUUCACAGGAGCUAUGGUACAAAGUUUAUUUCCCAGAAUUAAUAAUUCUUGGCCAGAUUUGAAAGGGCAAGAAGAAUCAUUUUGGGGUUCACAAUGGGACAAACAUGGCACAUGUUCUCAAAACAACUUCAAUGUGUUGAACUAUUUUAAACUUGCACUAGACACAAAAGAUAGAGUAGAUGUUUUGAAGGCAUUUGGUAACAACAACAUUCACCCACAUUCAACAAACCCCUAUAAAAAAAUUGAUUUUGAAAAAGCCAUAAUAGCUGUUACAAAAAAGAUACCGGAGCUUCGUUGCGUUAUUCGUAAUAGAGUGGUGUAUUUACUUGAAGUAGGGCUGUGUCUAGACCGUACCGGAAAUAAUUUCAUGGAUUGUCCUCCUCGUAAUCCUCCUAAUGAUCGUGUUAAAGAUUGCGGUGUUAGGAGCCAAGACAUUCGACUAUUGCCACUUUAA